AUGACAAAGAAGGAUAUUCUUUACGAUACAGUACUUGCUCGUAGUUUUAGCAAAACUGAUCAGAAGAGACUUUGCUGUGGAGCUUUCAUUGCCUCUCUUCUCUUGGUCCUCACUCUUUGCACUGUCGUUAAACCUUAUCUCAGCCCUUUACCAAUCGUGGAGUUACAGUUAUCAGUUGGCACUGGUCUAAGGAUGCUGAGUAUAACAGAAUUAACUACCAACACUACAAUCUCCAAAGAAGAAGUUAUUUCAGAGUGCAAUAAAAUGGAGAAACCUAUCUGUCACUGUAACACACUAGGAAGCAAAGAGUUUUGCGAUGUAAGCGGCGACGUAAGAAUCCAUGGUAAAUCCGCAACUGUUCUUGCGGCGGUCACGUUUGCGUUUUCCGGGAAUUCCACGUGGUAUAUGAGACCUUAUGCGAGAAAAGACCAAGUUCCUGCCAUGAAACGCGUGAGAGAAUGGACGGUGAAAUUAGUACAAAACGCUAGUUUAUCACGCUGCGUUAGGAAUCACAGCGUUCCGGCGAUUCUUUUCUCUCUCGGAGGCUUCUCGUUGAACAAUUUCCAUGAUUUCACGGACAUCGUGAUUCCUCUGUACACGACGGCGCGUAGAUUCAGCGGUGAAGUUCAGUUCCUCGUGACGAACAAGAAUCUUUUGUGGAUCAACAAAUUUAAGGAAUUAGUGAGGAAACUCUCUAAUUACGAAGUGAUUUACAUCGACGAAGAAGACGAAACGCAUUGUUUCAGCAGCGUCAUCGUUGGUCUCAAUCGCCACCGUGAUUAUGACAAAGAGCUAACGACUGAUCCUUCGAAUUCGGAGUAUUCAAUGUCCGAUUUCCGGAAAUUCCUCAGAGACACAUACUCAUUGAGAAACUCCGCCGUGACUACGAGGCGGAAGCCACGGAUUCUGAUUUUGUCUAGGAGCAGAUCGCGAGCGUUUGUGAACGCGGGUGAAAUCGCUAGAGCGGCGAGACAAAUCGGAUUUAAAGUCGUGGUGGCGGAAGCAAACACGGAAAUCGCGAGUUUCGCAAUAACUGUGAACUCCUGUGACGUGAUGCUCGGCGUUCACGGCGCGGGGAUGACGAACAUGGUGUUCUUACCUGAUAACGCGAUCGUGAUUCAGAUUCUUCCGAUCGGUGGAUUCGAGUGGCUUGCAAAGAUGGAUUUCGAGUAUCCGUCGAAGGGCAUGAAUCUGAGGUAUUUGGAGUACAAGAUCACGGCGGAGGAGAGCACACUGGUGAAGCAGUACGGACGCGAUCACGAGUUCGUUAGAGAUCCAUUGGCCGUUGCAAAACGCGGGUGGGGAACUUUCAAGUCGGUUUAUUUGGUACAGCAGAACGUUAGCGUUGAUAUAAACCGGUUCAAGCUGGUUCUUGUCAAAGCUCUUGAGCUAUUGCAUAAUCAGUCAGUGUAA